CGAAGACUGCUCCUUGUCUCUCGACUGUUGUGUUGUGUGUAGUAGACGAGUGCGUGCGUGAGUCGCGAAGCGAACGGAACGGAACUUUCCAACGGGAACUCGCGUGGGAGAAAGAGUUGGAAACAGCGUCGUACACCAGACCAAACGGUAGAUUCGACCCAACCGACGGGAUUGUCAACAGACAUGUCGAAAAAGUUCUUUCGCCCGCCGCCACAGGCUAUGGAUGACUCGGAUUCGGAAGAAGACGAGGAAGAACUCUUGGACGAUGACGCCGAAGUAGACGACGAAGACGUCACCGAGGUGUCUCCACCCAACAAAUCCAAACCGACCAACAAUGCCAAUCUUAGCGAGUCGGACGAUGACGACGACGAGCCAGACGAACGACCCCCGAAACGCAAAGGUCGCCACAUCGAUAACAACGGCAAUGCGGACGCUCGCUCUUCCAACAAACGUGCCAAACCCACUUCGUUCUUCGAACUCGAAGCCGAGGCCUCCGACAGCGAAGACGACGACGCCGAUGACGCCGCCAAGCAACUGCACAAGGACAGUGAACAAAUGGACGAAGAAGCCAGGGAAAUCAUUCGUCAACAAGACCGGCGCCGUGCCCAGGCCGGUGGUCGCUUCGACCGAUCCGUGGCCGAAAUAUCCGCCGAUAUCGAAAACCGGCACCGUGCGCAACGUCGCGUUCGUCCGCCGAUGGACCGGGACGACGAAGACGACUUUGACGACGGUGGGGCACCGCCAGACGCUACCCCCGAAGGCUACACCGCCGUGGCGCAGCAGUCCCUCGUCCCCUCCGUUUCGGAUCCAUCCAUGUGGAUGGUCUCUUGUGCCAACGGCAAGGAACACGAACUCGUUUGUCAAAUCAUGAACAAGUGUGUCGCUAUGGCCCGUCAAGGACGACCGGUCGGUAUUAGCUCCGCGAUUGCCGCACAGUCCAAGGGUAAGAUAUACUUGGAGAGUUUUAGCGAACCGGCCGUGGUGGACGCCAUCCAAGGAGUCCGCGGCUUGCUACAGUACACGAUGCGGCUCGUACCAAUCGGUGACAUGACGACCGUCAUGACCGUCACGUCACGCAAGAAACCCGUACAAAAGAACGAAUGGGUCCGCAUGACCCGCGGACACUACAAGCACGACCUCGCCCUCGUCAAGGACGUUAAGGAAAGCGGACUCAAGUGCGUUGUGCAGUGUGUCCCGCGACUGGACCUUACUCUGGCAGAUCUACCGCCCGCUGAAGCCCGCAUGCGACGUAAAACCGUGCGUCCGCCGCAAAAAUUCUUCAACCCGCAAGAAAUCGCGGCGUUGGGACGACACGGACUGACCCGCCAACGCUUUCCCGGCCUGAACCUGUACUGUGACUACUUUGACGGGAACUACUAUCACGACGGGUACCUCCUCAAGGAAAUGACGGUGGGAUCCAUGAUCAAAGCCUGUACGGACGAGGAUCCGCCGACGUUGGAUGAACUGCAACGGUUUCAGCGGCGUCAAUCCAAGCAGAAUGAGGAAGACGGUGGCGACGAGAAUGAAGGAUCCAAAAUGGCCGCAUCGUUGUUGGACGAGCUGUCCGACUUGCAAGGACGGACGGGGCUUGGUAAAACAAAGACUGGCGGCGGUGGGGGUCUAUUGAUAGGUGAUACUAUUGAAGUGAUCGAAGGCGAUUUAAUUGGCAUGCGUGGAAAGUUGGUGAGCUUGGACGGUACCACCGUCAAGGUCAAACCCAUCAACGCCAACGUCGAUUUGGGUGGAACGGACGAAAUUGAGUUCUUGGGUAAUCAGUUGCGCAAGUACAUUCCGGUCGGAGCUCACGUCAAGGUGACGGAUGGACGGUACGCCAACGAGACGGGCGUUGUGGUGGCCGUCGAGCAACUCGAUGGCGAAACGGACUUCACCGCGGUUGUAUUGACCGACGUGACCAACAAGGAAAUCUCGGUCCGCACGUCUCAGUUACGAGAAUCCGCUGAAGUUGCGUCUGGUCAAGACAAGCUACAAGGGUAUGAACUAUACGACUUGGUCGUGUUGAGUGGUGGAGGCUCCGCCAAUGAAGUCGGUGUAAUUGUUCGUGUGGGUCGGGAAGACUUUACCGUCAUCAACAAUCACGGUAUUGUUCGAGAAAUUCGACCGGAGGAGCUGCGUGGAAAGCGCAACUCGACAUCACAACGUGCGGUGGCUCUCGAUGUACAAGGCAACCAAAUUCGUGCCAGUGAUUCCGUCAACGUUGUGGAAGGUCCUCACAAAGGCAAGACGGCGACGAUCAAGCGCAUGAGCCGAGCGCAACUCUUUUUGCAUUCUCAGACCCGCACGGAUCAUGCCGGUAUCUUUGUCGUUCGCAGCCGAAGCUGUGUAUUGGCCGGGACACGGACACAAGCCCGUGGCGCAACACCCGACAGCGGAGUCAGCCCUUUCGCGACGCCUCAGUCGCAAUCGCGAGGAGGGCCACAACCUGGUCGGGGCAAACGCGACGAUGGUUUGAUCGGCAAGACUGUGCGUAUUCAGGCGGGACAAUGGAAGGGAUACCUGGGGACUGUUGCGGAUGCGACGGCGACACACGUUCAGGUCGAGUUACACUCCCGAUUAAAGAAAGUGAUGGUUGUUCGUGAACGAGUAGCCGUUGCGGGUGACAAGUUUGGGGCCACGCAGGAACAGAAUCGCAUGGUGGAUGUGAAUCCCAAUCCCAUUGCCCCGACUACGCCUUUUGUAGCGGCUGGUCAAACCCCAAUGCACGGCGGAGCAACACCGAUGCAUGGGGGUGCGCUGGAUGGCGAUACCAGUGAUGAGGUAUGGCAGCCUGGUGGUGCUGUUGAUCAGGAUGCUGUUAAAGAUGACGAUGGCUGGGGCUCGACCGCUAAUGAUGGAUUCGGUUCGCCGAAAGACGGCGACAGCGACGGUUGGGGAUCUACUAGCGAUCAGCCGAAAGGCUGGGGUACGUACCCAGCAGUCAAGGAUAAUACUGUUAAGAAGGAAGUACCUUCUACCAAUGGCAACGGUGUAAAGCGCGAGCAGGCAAAGCGCGAAAUGGAAGCAGAGCUUGAUACGGAAGAGACGCCCGGCUGGUACAUGGAACGAGUUUGUGUGCAGAACAAAUCAAAAGAUAAGCAGGGAGUCAUCAAGGAGAUUGAUCCUGCCACAAAGGCGGCUGUCGUGGAGUACGAAGACCAAACAUUUGAAACUCUUCGUGCGAGUGAACUUGCUAUGGUCCCACCCAGCGAACACGACACCGUUCUGGUCACUGGGGGCAACGAAAUUGGAUUGGAAGGGUCAUUGGUUUGCGUCGAUGGUUCUGAUGCCAUUCUCAAGGAUGCAAACGAUGAAUUUAAGAUUGUUGAGAUCUCGUUCCUGGCCAAGGUGAAAACUAUAUAGGUAUUACAUCGUAGCCCUAACAAAUCUAAUUAACAUAACCCGAAUGCAACG